UAACUAACAUCCGCUUUAAUAUGAAACACUUAACGUGACGUUGAUUCAUUUUAAUUAAAUAAAAGUCCGCCGGUGUAAACCAUUCCUUUCGCCAGUCAUCGCAGCCAUUUUUUUUGCUGCUAUGGCCUACGGAUAACGCUCCUAGCCAGUAACUUAAAUUCAUGAUUAAAAUUAACACACCAUUGAGUGGGACUUUGGGACGUAAUUACGGAGAACAUAAUAAAAUUACUUAAUACAUCGGGAAAAAAGUGACGGUAAAAAAAGAUAAAAUUAUUUACAUGGAGACUGCGGGGGAUAUAAACACUUUUAUUUUUAAUUCCUUGGGAUCCACGGAAGAAAAAAAAAAUUAACUUGAAAGAGAAUAGUUUUCACUGGUGUGCAACUGCUGCUGUCGUCAUGUUCACUUUGACUUCUACUCCGACGGGCAAAUCGGCAAGUUAACAAGAUUAUUAAUUGGAUAGUGACUAGUGAGUGAGUAAAAAUGCGGAAUAAAUUAAGUGCAAGGGAUCGAGCAUUUCAGUAUAAGAAGGAGGGGUUUUACUGUACAGAUAAUAGCACGGUUAUGUGUAAGUUUUGCAACACGAAAGUUUCGUGGGAUCGAAAAGACACGAUUGAAAAACAUUUAAAGUCGGCAAAACACGUGGCGUCAUUAGCAGCAACAAAAGAAGAGACUACAAAACUACAAACAUCAGUUGCAUCAUGCUUUAAUAAAGUUGUCAAAGACAAAAAAUCGGCAGAUUAUCUUGGAAAACGUGUCACAGAAACAUUUGUAAAGGCUAACAUACCACUUGAGAAACUUAACAAUGAACACAUGGUGAACUUCAUGAAUGAAUUUAUUGAAGGAUCUGGCGCAUUGCCUUGUGUAAAGACUUUGCGAGAAAAGCACCUUCCCAGAUUAAAUAUGGAAAGGGAAGAAAACAUCAAGGAGAAGGUCAAAGGAAAGCACCUUGCGGUAUGCUGCGAUGAAACAACAGACAAACAAGGUCGGUGUGUUUUCGUUAUAAUCUUCAAGAUUAUAGAAGCCAGUCACCAAGUUGAAAUCGUAGUAGGUGAUGUCCACAUUCUUGAAACAGCUGAUGCAAAAAGUUGUUCAAGAGCUAUUCUUGAUUCUUUGAACAAAUAUAACAUUAGCUAUGACAGUGUCCUGGCCUUAGUAUCAGACUCAGCCCGAUACAUGGGGAAGUGUUUUGACACACUUACCAACUUGAUGUCGGACAAUGUUGUAGUGAUUCAGUGUUGGGCGCACAAACUCAAUCUGAUUUUGAAUGUUCUGGGAAAGCACCUUCCUGAACUUCAAAAUGCCACUUCCAAAAUCAAGAGUGCGUUCCUGAACACUCGAAAGAGAAAGCAUCUGUUCCGGCAAUUUCUGGAUGAUAAAUAUGAAGCUGGAAGGGUUCCACUGUUCCCAAUGCCAGUCCUCACGAGAUGGUCUUCGUGGUACGAGUCUGUAGCCUAUGUAUCCGACUACAUAGAAGCUAUUGUUGAGUUCAUGAAGAGUGACGACAUAGCAUCAGUUAGCAAUGUUGGAGUUCAGUAUUUGGCAAGUUUGUCACAGGAACAGGUCCUUAAUGUUAAGGUGCAGGCUGCCUUCAUCAAAGAAACAGCAAAGGGAAUUGUUGACUUGACGAAGUUGUUGGAAGGGUCGUCAUAUCCUUGUAGCAACAUUUUGUGUGGUAACCUACGCAAAGUUGAGCAAGUUUUGCAGCUUGCUGAAGCAGGAAAUUUUGGCGAAGAAACAAGUUUAGCACUGCAGUCAUGUGGAAGAGAUGUUGCAAAAGCUCAGGUUAAAUCUGCCUUAGUAAAAGCUGCAUCACAUGGAUACACUAAGCUGCUAGCUUUAAUUUCAAGUGAUCCUGCAAGUCAUCUUUAUUCUGAACUGAGUGUUUUUGACCCUGCACAGAUUUUAAUUACGGAAGUAACAAAAGAUCUUGGUAAAAAAUUGAAGAAAAUGGCAUUGUUCAAGGACUGCGAUGAAAGUCAAUUGCUUCAAGGCUAUAAAGAGCUUCAGUUCUUGGUGAAGAAACAGUUAGGAGACAAAAGUGAUGCAUCACUGGAUUUGAUUGCAAUAUUAUUGUCUCUUUCUGUAAAUCAUCCAGAAUUUUCUAAGGGUGCUUUGAAAAGUGUAUGGUUGCCAUGUGCAAAUGCAGACUGCGAACGAUUUUUUUCUAAGUACAGUUCUGUUCUAAGUGACCAACGACAGCGCCUUAAUGCUGAAAAUGUAGCUAUUCUCAGUGAAAUCUAUUUUGAAGGUUGAACACUGUUUUAGUGUGUUAGUUGUAUGCCAUGUCUAUGUGUUUAGUGUUACAUAUGUAUUCAACUUUGCAGCUGUAAAUAUUAUGUAUUGUGUUUUAUGAUCUGUGACAAGCAGGAAACUGUGAAUUUUUUUGAUAGGAGCAUUACUAACAAAUAUAGAAGCUAAAAUUAUGUACAGAUAUUACGAUAAGUAAAUAAUAAUUUCCUCAUUGUAAAGGCUUUAAGAAUGUUUUUACAAGUAUCUCAGUAUCAAUAUAUAAUGUUCAUAUUAAUUUUGGGAAUCCACAAAAAAAUCACAUUGGUGAAAACACCGAAAUGAA